UCGGGUGAAAAAUAGCGCGGGAAAGAAGAGACCAAUUAGGGCAACUUUGGCAGGACAAUUUAUAAUAGGCUUUGAAUAUUUAGGCCCGUUAAGCUGGUGAAUAUAUAAAACUAUUACUAAAAAAUUAAAACCCGAAAUUCUUUCGUUUUUUUUUUGAUCAAAACCCGAAGAUUCAAAAACCAUUUUAGUAAAGGAAGGUCAAAACCGUAAAUUAGGUGUCCCCUCUGCUUCUUCUUUUUUUGGCUUUCCUCUUUGGCAUUACUCUCCCAGCAGAUUUCUUGGUGGAGUAAGUUAAUGACGUUUCUCUAAGAUCAGAUUCCAACUCUUUCCUUCUCAGUUUUAUUUUUCUCUACUCACAAACGCUUCACGGUCUCAUAGUUGAACCACAGCCAUGGGAAUCUCUCGACCUCCGAUCUCUGUUUUCGUAUUUUUCUUGCUCUCCUCCGCUCACCAUCUCUCCCUCGGAGAUCCCAUCACUUGCUCCGGGAUAGUUCCUUUGAAGAACAGGAGCCAGAUGCUGUCGAUUUCUGACUUUGGAGCUGUCGGUGACGGCACCACCUUGAACACAAAUGCCUUUAACGCCGCCAUUGAUCAGAUACGGAACGACAAAAACGUAAGCGAGGGAAGUCUUCUGUACGUGCCACGUGGUGUGUAUUUGACUCAGAGCUUCAACCUUACCAGUCACAUGACUCUUUACCUCGCCGAUGGGGCUGUCAUCAAAGCCCUUCAGGAUACCGAGAAAUGGCCUUUGAUAGAUCCUUUACCCUCUUAUGGCAGAGGAAGGGAGCGCCCUGGUCAAAGGUAUAUUAGCUUUAUCCAUGGAGACAGCCUUACCGACGUAGUUAUCACAGGCAAAAAUGGAACCAUUGACGGUGCGGGAGAACCUUGGUGGAACAUGUGGAGACGUGGAACUCUAAAAUUCACCAGACCGGGUCUCAUUGAAUUCAACAACUCCACUAACAUCCUCAUCUCUCAUGUUGUUCUCCAGAACUCCCCUUUCUGGACACUUCAUCCUGUUUACUGCAGUGAUGUUGUAGUUCAUCACGUUACCAUCCUCGCUCCAACUGAUUCCCCAAACACCGAUGGGAUUGAUCCAGAUUCGAGCUCUAACGUAUGUAUAGAAGACUCCUACAUAUCCACUGGCGACGACCUUGUAGCCGUGAAAAGCGGUUGGGACGAGUAUGGCAUUGCCUACAACCGUCCCAGCCGUGACAUCACCAUCCGACGCAUCAUCGGAUCUACUUCAUUUGCUGGAAUAGCUAUCGGAAGCGAGACCUCCGGAGGAAUCCAGAAUGUCACGGUCGAGAACAUCACCUUGUACAAUUCCGGGAUAGGCAUCCACAUCAAGACAAACAUUGGCCGGGGAGGAAGCAUCCAGGGGAUCACAGUCUCAGGUGUUCAUCUGGAAAAAGUUCGGACCGGGAUUAAGAUCUCUGGCGACACAGGAGACCACCCGGAUGAUAAAUUCAACAUAUCCGCUCUUCCGGUCGUAAGAGGCAUAACGAUCAAGAACGUUUGGGGCAUCAAAGUCGAGCGUGCUGGCAUGGUUCAGGGAUUGAAAGAUGCACCUUUCACCAAUCUCUGCUUCUCCAAUGUUACAUUCACCGGAACAAAAAGCUCUCCGAUAUGGAAAUGCUCAGAUGUUGUAGGAGCCGCUGAGAAAGUCAACCCCACGGCUUGCCCUGAGCUGACAUCAACCUCCCAACAAGGCGGUUCCUGCGAAUACCAAGCAUAAUAUAUGUACACUCCAAAAGCGUAAUGUAAUUUAUGGUAUUCUUCAUAUUCUGCAAUCAAUUUAAUUUUAAUCAAACUAUAGGAUUAAGGUUUUUUACAGAAUCACAUAUUAUAGACAAAAUCAUCCCAUAUCAUACAUACGGAAACUAUUUGUUUACCAGAAGAGCCACCAUGUGUAAGAGGGCUUUACUUUAUUGUAUCUUUACUAGACUUAAAAGACAAACUAGCGUCUUCUUAUUGUUCAGACCAAAUGGUUAAGAAACUUGCGAAUCUUUGUCCUGAACAAAUUCUCUCUUUCACCUUCUCCUUCUUCUUUGCGCUUCAUCAAAGUCACCGUAAUCUUCAUGGAAACAUCAUCCUCCGCCUCGAGAUGGCGUUUUGUCUCCUCCACCGCGAUGGGACCGACAAACAUCUUGACCGCCGGAAUAUCCACGACUACGCCGUCUAACGAAGGAUCUUCACCGGAGAAGAUCAUGUCGUUGCCGUAAGGGAUCUGGAGGCCUCGUCGGAACAGCUCGUGUCGACGGUGGUGGCACGGACGGCGGUUGAAAGUCAAGGGACGUCUAGGGAAGUGACGAUUGAUUGGAUGGAAAUUCAUGAAAUUGACCGGUACAGUGAUCUCAUCGGAAGAUGUUAAUUCGGGUCCUGAUGACCCGGAUCCGUGAAUGGUUGGGUUGUUGGUAUCUUCGGCAGAUAAAGUGUUAAGGUUAUCGGGGAUGAUUUCAUUUUCAGGCUUGGAGGAAACGACGGUGAGAGCCAACGUGAAUAAGAGAAGGGUGAGCUUGGACAUUAUUGUUGAAAUUAUGCAAAAGUCUUUAUGGUAAUAAACUUUUAAUUGCGUGUGGAGAUUGUUUAUAGACUUGUGAACGGUGUUACUAUCAUUAGAAGUUUUCUCCGGGACCCAUUUUGAGGCUAAUUAUUUUCUAACAUUGACAAUAAUA